AUGCAGGGUGAGAAUAUGAAUACGAUCUUCCACUUCUCCUUCCAAACAGACUCGAAUCCGUCCAGUAUACUCUGCAUCAUGUCCAAAGUCCUUAUCCCAGUUGCGGUCACACAGAACAAGUCGCAUCUCAGACUGGCGUCCUUCGAACACGCAGAUAUCACAUCUACCCGUCCGAUUCAAAUUCAAAAAUGA